GAUAAUACUAAGGAUUCACAGUCAAGAUCUGUCAGCUUCAGUCUUUCAGAUAAUCGUCCUCCAGUUCCUCCAAUGAGAGGACAGCCCACAAAUUUGGUACAGAGUUCCAGCAUGCCUUCUUUGAAUCCUCCCCCGCUGCCUUUUAGUCAAGAAGAAAUUUUAAGUGUUACCAGCAUGAUCCUGUCCGCAGAUGUUUUGGUCCUAGGGACAAAUUGUGGGGGGAUAGUGCUAUUUCCCCUUGUGCACAAUUUUGAAGAUCUUUUAGGAACUCAACAGUCAGUUCAGCUGCCAUUACUCCGACACCCAAAAGAGAAAUCAGAAAUGAGUACCAGACCUAGAGCCAGAACUACUAACUCUUCAACUAGUAGCAUUCAAGCUAAUCCUAUCACAAAGUCUAUUUCAUCGAUGGUGUUAGCAAACGAGAAGCUUGUAUCACUACACAAAGUAGAGACACCUUUUCAGUUACAUCUAAGACCAAAACUGCUCAAAAGAGAAGCUGAAAGAGGUAAUGAUAGAAGGCAUGGAAGUAUAGGGGAACCACAUGAUUCUGUAAAUUCAGUGUCUGGUAGCAUUAUUAAUGAACCUGCAGUUGAGGACAAUCGGGGAAGAUCUACAAGCCGAUGCUCUCAACAGUCGAAUAUUUCCACCAUUUCUGAACAUGAAUUGUCACGGCACUGGGGUACAGCAGAUGUUGCUAUUUGGGACAAAAUUUCUUGGUUUAGAUUAAGUGCCUUGAGAAAAUAUCUGCAGGAUGUGGCUUAG